ACGUCUUCAAACAACUCGAAGAACACAUCACCACUUCUGCAAUGGCGACCUCCAUGGAUUUCCUCUCAAGCUCUGGUUCGAUACCAGUAAUUACAGUGAUAUCUCUUCUUCUUCUUCUCCUAUAUAUCUACAAUCAACAGCAACAGUGGAAGACGAAGAAGAAGCAUCAUCCAAUCGCCGGAACGAUGCUCAAUCAGCUCAUAAAUUUCCACAGAUUGCAUGAUUACAUGACUGAUCUUGCUAGAAAAUACAGAACUUACAGAUUGAUUACUCCUUUCCGUAACGAAGUUUAUACGUCUGAUCCGGCAAAUGUUGAGUAUAUUCUGAAGACGAAUUUUGAAAAUUAUGGCAAGGGAAUGUACACGCACAACAUUCUUAAGGAUCUUCUAGGUGACGGGAUAUUCACGGUCGAUGGCGAUAAGUGGCGACAACAGAGGAAGGUCUCGAGUUACGAGUUCUCUACGAAAGUCUUGAGAGAUUUUAGCAGCGUAAUCUUCAGAAAAAAUGCCGUAAAACUUGCACGUAUGUUGUCCAAAGCAGCAGAUAACGGACAAAUUCUCAACAUAAACGACUUGUUCACGAAAGCGACGUUGGAUUCGAUAUUUAAAGUUGCUUUCGGGAUUGAUCUCGAUAGCAUGUGUGGUUCAAACGAAGAAGGUGUUAGAUUUAGCAACGCUUUCGAUGAUGCAAGUGCAAUGACACUCAAAAGAUACGUCGAUGUAACGUGGAAGAUCAAGAAGUUUUUGAAUAUUGGAUCGGAAGCGAGGUUAAAAGAAAGUAUUAAAGUUAUCGAUGAGUUCGUAUAUAAGCUCAUUCGGACCAAAACCGAACAAAUGCACAAGACACCCGACGAUCUUGCGUUGAAGAAAGAAGACAUUCUAUCGAGGUUUCUGCAAAUCAACGACACGGAUCCGAAGUAUUUACGAGACAUAAUCCUGAACUUCAUAAUUGCUGGAAAAGACACAACAUCUGCUACCAUGUCUUGGUUCAUUUACAUGCUUUGCAAACACCCACAAAUUCAACUCAAAGUUGCACAAGAAAUCAAAGAAGCAACAAACAAGAAAGAAGGUGUCACAGAUGUUGCUGAUUUUGCAGUCAUGGUGACUGAAGAAGCCCUAGAAAAGAUGCAUUAUCUUCAUGCAGCUCUGACCGAAACUCUCCGACUCUUUCCCGCGGUUCCCGUGGACGCAAAGAUAUGUUGUGCGGAUGACGUUCUACCGGAUGGUUAUGAUGUAAAGGGAGGUGAUAUGAUGUCGUAUCAGCCUUACGCGAUGGGAAGGAUGAAGUUCAUAUGGGGUGAUGAUGCCGAAGACUUUAAACCCGAACGAUGGAUCGAUGAAAAUGGUUGUUUUCGGCCGGAAAGCCCCUUCAAAUUUACAACUUUUCAGGCCGGGCAAAGAAUUUGUUUGGGUCGGGAAUUCGCGUAUAGGCAAAUGAAGAUCUUCGCUUCCGUCUUGUUAGGUUGUUUCGUUUUCAAGCUGAGCGACGAAAACAAAACUGCAAACUACAAAACGAUGCUUAAUCUCCAUAUCGAUGGUGGACUACAUGUUCGUGUUUUCAACAAACGCGGGUAAUAUCUACCCUUCAACUUAAAACUAUCGUGUACAUCUACGAGCAAACGUAUCGUAUGCUUGUAAUGGUAAAUUUGUGUUAAUUAUAAUAAAUAGACGACAACUUCGUAUGUGUACAUAACUUUGCAUUCGGUGUGAAGUUUGUUUAGAAUGCUUUCGGUUCCGUUCGAUUAUGCAAUCCUUGUUCGUUUGUUUC